AUGGUUUAUAUUUUCAAAAUUGGAAUUGCAAAUGGUCAUUUGGUUUGUCAAAAGAUUAAAGAUUUAAAAUAUAUUAGACAUGUAUUCAUAUUCAUAAGGUCUGGUAGUGAAUGGCCUUAUGAACAUACAAAUAACAAACAAUCUUUAAGCUUGUGUGGAUAG